UUUACUGCCUUGGCCCAUGGACAUCUCUUAGAACCCGGGUCGGCUCUACGAAGUUGACGCCUCGUGGGUUUACCUCUAUCCGGCAAUUGAUGACGUCCUGCCCUCUGGGAAACGCAGACUCCGAAUCAAAGCUAACUUCUCUACUGACACACUCAACAGAUAUAUAUUAGGACUCGUCGAUGCGUGAACAUGAGACAUACAUUUAUACAAAUUCACUGAUCCUCAUACACCAUGCCUACUUACGCUAUUCUUGGCUCCACAGGGAGCGUUGGCCAGUCUAUUCUCAACGUUCUUCUACAGUCUCCCGAAACCCACAUACACGCCUACUGCCGCUCAUGGGCGAAGCUCUCCAAACUCCAACCUAGCAUCAACAGCAACAAGCAGGUAGAAGUCUUCGAAGGCAGCCUGGAUGACACGACGCUACUAUCCAAUUGCCUUCGCGGAACACAAACCGCCUUCUUGGCCACCGCAGAGACAGGUGGUAACCGACCAGGCACCAGAGUCUGUCAAGACACCGCACACGCCGUCGUUGCCGCCCUCAAGCAACUAAAGAGCCAAAACGAACGUCUGCCCAGGCUCGUCGUCCUGUCCUCCUCAUCCACCGAUCAUCGAUUUCUACCAGACACCCCUGCCCCUAUCAUGUGGCUCCUCUACCGCACGAGCUCCUACGUGUACGACGAUCUCAAAGCAGCCGAGAAGUACCUUCGCGCGCAAGACGACGGCCUAGUAUCUGCAACCUUUGUGAAACCUGGAGCGCUGACGGAUGAUAGUCAAAAGGGUCAUCGUCUCAGCAUGGAGAAGGCGGAUAUGCCACUCUCCUUCCUGGAUCUAGCAGCUGGCAUGGUCGAAAUUGCAGACAACCAGGACCAAUACGACAUGAAAGGCGUUGCAGUCUGUCCUACCUCAAAGGACGUCAGUUUCCCUCGAGGAGCGCCGAUACGUCUGUUCUUCGGCUUGGUGUUCCACUUCUUCCCCUGGUUGUAUCGCUUUCAUCCGUAAAAUUGUUAUGUUACGAUCAAAUGAGAAAGAAAUUCAUAACUUUUUCUGUCUCUACUUUGUGAGGGAAUCACCUGAUUUGACUCAAUAGCAUCGUUCGGUUCGCACAUCCCGUGCUCCAUGUCUCUGUGGGAGAAUAUAUGCAGACCUCGACGUCCAAUGAACAUUUAGUGUGUGUAUGUUCAAGGAUUACGCGGGAUAUCAAGCGUCAUUCCAAUUUCAUAGGCGUCCUACUAUUUAAGGUAACCUCAGCC